UUCGCCUUACAGCAUGAUCCUCGGUCGCGUCUUCCAGCCGCUUCGCCGGCGGCGCCGGCCGCCGCUCCUCCAGACCACAUUCCUCCGCCUCCACGGCGCCCUGGCAAACCACCCCAGCCCGUACACAGCCCUUCCCGCCCACCGCGGCCGCCGCUCUGCCCGCGCGGUGUUCGACGAAACGCCGCACGAGGACGCCGUCGCCUACGCCAACCUGAUCGAACUCCACCUGAGCUGCGGAGACCUCCCGCGCGCGGAGGCGCUCUUCCGCGCGGCGCCCACGGCCGCCCGCGGCCUCCGUCUCGACACCGUGAUGCUUGACGGGUACUACAAGGCCGGCCGCGUCGACCACGCCCGCAGGCUGUUCGACGGAAUGGCGGUCAAGAGCGUCGGCGCGUGGACCCGCAUGGUCUCAGGGUACUGCCGCGCCGGGCGCGUCGACGAGGCGCGCCGUCUGUUUGAGGUGAUGCCGGCCCGCGACGUCGUCUCGUGGACGGCGAUGUUGCAGGGGUACGUGCGCAGCGGGAUGAUGAGGGAGGCGCGCAGGCUGUUCGACGCGAUGCCGGCCCGCGACUUCGUCUCAUGGACGGCGAUGUUACAGGGGUACGUGCGCAGCGGGAUGCUGAGGGAGGCGAGGGAGCUGUUCGACCAGAUGCCGGAGAGGAACGUGGUCACAUGGACGGUCAUGGUUAGGGCCUAUGCCGACCAUGGCCACUUUCAGGAAGCCAUGGAGCUGUUCGACAGGAUGCCUCAGAGGAACGUGUAUUCCUGGAACAUAAUGAUCUCUGGUUUCUUCCGUGCUGGGAACGUGGACGAGGCGGUUCGGCUGUUCGAGAGGAUGCCAGAUAGGAAUGCUGUUUCUUGGACAACGAUGGUCACAGGCUUAGCGCAGAACGGCCGUGUUUCGAUGGCACGAGAGUUCUUUGACAGAAUGCCGGAAAACAGGGACGCCACGGCAUGGAAUGCGAUGAUCACUGCUUAUGCCAACGCUGGCCAGAUGUACAAGGCUCAGAGAUUGUUCCAUUCUAUGCCCGCAAAGGACCUGGUGAGCUGGAAUGCCAUAAUCCAUGGCUAUGCCAAUAACAAGCACAAGAGCGAGGUCAUGCGUUUAUUUCUUCUCAUGCUCGGGUCAGCAGUAUCCCCUGACAGAUUUACAUUGAUCAGUGUCUUGCUUACAUCCGAGAGCACAGUUGAAGUUGGGCAAAUCCAUGGCUUGGCUACCACACGAGGUCUCCUGUCAGACACCUCCUUAGGAAACGCUCUGCUCACCAGGUAUUCAAGGAGCGGUGACCUGCACUCUGCCUGGCAAGUUUUCAACAUGUUACAUGAGAAGGAUCCCAUCACAUGGACAUUGAUGAUGCGGGCCUUCGCCAACCAUGGCUGUGCCUCCUACGCACUGCAGGCCUUUGCUCAGAUGUUGCAACAUGGAUACAAGCCCAGCUCGACCAUCUUCAUCGCCGGUCUCGUCGAUGAAGGCCAUGCCUCCAGGGUGCAUUGCCGCCUAAGCGUCCAAGUUGGGAACAGUGGUGGGGGGAGCUCUUCCAAAGUCUGACGGUCCCUCUGGUUCAGGUUUGGGAGGCUACUACAUGGUAGGUGCGUAUAAGGCCAUGAAGGGGAGCCAGGUGUGGAGGACACCCGGGGUUAUCCAGAUAAUGUUGGAUGCAAAGGACCCGCACUCUCUUCUCAAGGAUAAGAUGCAUCCGCAGCGGGAAGCGAUAUACGAGAUGCUAGACAACACGCCUGUCCCCUAGAUGAUGAAGUAGGAUUGUAACAGUGUGAGCUGGUCGAUGCAGUUGCAAGCUUGCAUCAGCUGAUUGAUCUCUUUGAUUUUUUAGGGUAAUUGAUCUCUUUGAUGAACAAGCCUAUUUCAUCCCGCACACAAUGCUUUGACACACAGUACAGAAUACUCCCUCCAUUCCCAAAUAUAAGUCGUUGUACUGCCCCAACGACUUAUAUUUAGGAACAGAGGUAAUAUAUGAGAUGCUGGACGACGCGCUUGUCCCUCCGGUGAAAGUGAAUUUGAUAAAAUACCAUAUUCUACUUUCCUCGCGGAAAAGAGGAACGCCAACCUGUGUUCAUGACUGUCUUCCAGAAAUUGUUACUGUUGUAUGUAAAAUAGUGAAAGAUGGUCCAUUGGCAGUAGAAGAAGUUGUUGCUGCUUCUCACUGUACACCACCAACAAAGGCUACCCACCACAAGUGUGGCAACAUUACAAGCCAUCGCAGGGCCUGUGAAUGAAGGCAAAUAGCUUUGGCAAUUCAAGAAGGGCGACGUAUCCAGUGAAAACUAACAUUCAGCGCAAAUCUGAAAGCUUCCAGAUUUAUUACCUGGAUGGCAGAGAUCAAUAGUGGAAUUACCAACAAGUCACUUAAGCACUGUUUUACACAUACCCCCUUAUCUUAGCAUCGGCAACUCGGGGCCAGCAGCAGCUGCCCCCGAUGUGACAGCAACUUGGUAGCCGCGACGCUACCCCCGUGCGAUGGAGGUUCAGCGGCCGUGGUGCUGCUCUCAUGCGACGGUGGUUGGCGGUUGGGGUGCUGCCCAUCGCCAUGGCGACUCAGCGGCCGCAACUAUACUCUGAAUUUUGAAGCUCCAUCUGAAUGCUGCAAUGUUUUCUGCUGUUGAAGCUUCAGGCAGGCAAUCGAAGCUUGAUUAUGUAGUCUCGUUUCUCAUGCGGGCAGUCUGUAAUCUUUGGAUCUAUGAUCCUGAGAAACAUUUGAAAUGUUAUCAAGCAAAUCAGUGCGUGGAUUUACUAUUCUCUUUAUCUUGACUCGACGACGUGAUUCAGUUGCAUAAAUCUGACGAGCUGAGCCAUUUUCCUCUACCGGAAGUGAUGUUUACGGGGCAUGUUUGCUGAUUCAUUU